UUUGUGUCCUUUCUUACGAGAUAUGGUAGACUGCUCUGCUGUAAAUGCUUUGUGAGAGUAUUAUGUAAAGAAUAUCAUGUGAUAGAAUGAGUUAAACAGAAUGUGUUGGUUUAGUUAACUAAGUUGAUUGUUUUGAUCAUAUUCAUGGCAAGAUGCCUAAGUUACUGGAACAGUAUGACUGAUAUAGUUUACAAAAAAAAAAAAAUUAGUUCAUACAAUAUUGUUCAAUAUCAUUGUUUUCGAUCUGGAGAAAUAAAAGAAAGUGGGGCAGAUUUAGAGAUAACUAUUGCUAGUUAAGGAUGUCAGGGGUGACUACAUAGGCCCCUAUAUACAUGUAAACGCCUGUGUAAACCCACUGCAUCGUGCAUUGCUUAUGAUUGGCAAGCCCAAAGUCACGUGACUUGGCUCUAAUACGCUAAGCCUUCUGGGAAACUAUGUGACAUCUCCCGGGCACAUCUUGGCCGGCGAGGGAAGAUGGGUAAAGAUGGCUGACUUUCCUGUGUGGGUCGGUGGACUGUCCUUAGAUGUGAAAGAAAAUGUACUGCAUAGCUUAUUUCACAAAUUUGGGCCUAUAAAAAAUAUAGUGAUACUUAAAGAUGAAUGUGGAAGGUCGAAACAGUGUGGUUUCGUGAAUUUCUUGUCGGAAGAAGUCGCCGAGCUUGCAGCGAAGAAAUUAGAUGGAUGUCAGGUUUUGGGACAGACGAUUAAAACCAAGGGACCAUUGGAACUUUUAUCUACAGGAAGAAGUACAACCUUUGUGCCUUCAACGACUGGAAAUUUAGAGAAGAAGGAUUACAGACCCUUAACGGACUGCCCGUAUUUUGUCGAGAAUCGUGAAUGUUUCCCGAAACCUGGCGAGUGCUCUUUUCGUCACUGCCUGGCGGCCCGCGAAACUGAUGUUGUGUGCGAAAAAUGGAUACAGAAAAAAUGUACAGAUAUUUCUUGCUGUAGGAGGCAUCCUAAACUCAUCAAACAACAAUCAGGUACGAAGAAAAAACGAAACGAUGUAGUCGUUAUAACCUGCAGGGGCAGAAAUUUUUUUCACAACGAGUGUAAUUACUAUGAUGCCUUUGUAUGAGUCGAGUUUGUUAUGUAACACAAUACUUGUCACACAAUCGCACCAUAGGUCACGUCUUUCCUUAUAAACUUGGUUUAUUACGUUAUACACAAAAGAAAAACAAAACAGAUCUUGGACAGCCAACUUAUUUUUGCUUUUUCUUUUCUUUACAUAAAUGAUUGAAUUAAAAAUCUUGCCCUUUGUAUCAAGAAAACCCAGGUUGUAACUAUCGGAUACUAGUAAAUCUCUUCUCCAAAAAUAUGAAUGAAUGAAUGAGUGAAUUUUUAUUUCCCAUAAUUUUACCAUAGCUUUCAACAUUCUACACCAAACUACAUGUAAGUCAUUGCUUGCCCAUGUAUGACAAGCACUGCCUUAACCAGAUGUUAGUGUACAGCAUGCCAAGGACCAUGAAAUAAAGCAGUAGCCAUGUUCUUUUGAAACCCAUGGUGCAUAAUCUACAUUAAAGGAGCUCAGUCAUGAUGUUUUGAGUUAUUAUGGCCAUGUA